AUGAUUCUUGCUCUGAUCCUCUUGAUUUUACGGUUUCUGAACAAAGCAAAUGCUGAGACAGUAGUAAUCACAGAGUGCCACAAUGGAGGUGUGGAAGUAGCAGCCCAGAAUCAAAUAUCAAGGCGUCCUGUUCCCAGCGCAUCAGCCUGUCGUGAUAACGAUCAAAGUGGCUUAUGUAACGCUUUGUUCCCUAUUAAUGAUGCCCUUGCCACCAAUGCGGAUCCGUAA